ACGUGCAUACGAGUCAAAAUAACAAGUAACACAAGUAGAGUCAGAAAUGUUGUCCUUCAGDAACACAUAAUAACAAUACAGAGAGGCCAUCUAAAGGCCUUAAAAUAAACCAUGAAGUUUACAGAACAUUUGACAACCCAUUUAACCCCAGAGUGGCGUGUUCAAUACAUCCAAUAUGAGAAAUUAAAGGAUGUUUUAUAUGCUGCAUUGGAGAAAAUGCCMCCAAAAGAAGAUUCUGCAGUUUCUGUAAUCAAGACAUUUUUUAACAAGUUUGAGGACGAAUGGUUUCAAUAUUGUGAUGAAGAAUUAACUAAAAUAAAUACAUUUUUCUCAGAGAAAAUUGCUGAAGCUGAGCGUAAGCUUACAGCAUUAAAAAAAGAACUCCUCAUGACWGAAGAAUCUCUUAAACCUGGUACAAGUCUCAAGAGCCUUAGAGUUGGCAGUAAACUUACUCUGGCYGGCAAACCAGACAAGAAGGCUGUCAAGACCAAAGCCAAGACUAUAAAUGAUCUAAAGCUGGCUUUUAGUGAAUUUUAUCUAAGUCUUGUACUAAUACAAAAUUAUCAGCAACUUAACUUCACUGGUUUUAGAAAGAUUUUAAAGAAACAUGACAAGUUAUUUGAGACCACYAACGGUGUUAACUACAGACAAACUAAAGUUGAGUUGGCUUUAUUCUUUCAAAACAAGAGGGUGGAUGAGAUUAUCCUAGACGUAGAGAAUUUAUUUAUUUCUGAGCUGGAACAUGGUAAUAGAUCUAAAGCAAUGAACCGACUUAGGGUACCCCCUCUAGGGAAGGAAACGACAGGUGAUCUUGUAACGUUUCGUGUCGGAUUAUACUGUGGAAUAUUUCUUGUGUUAACUUUGGUGAAUGUCAUAGCAGCUAUUUAUACCGAUCACAGUAACGAGCUCGAGACAGCCAUCAGGAUGUAUCGUGGUAUAUUCCUCAUUGUCCUAGUAACGUUUUUACUUGCUAUAAACACGUGGGGUUGGAGAAAGGCGGGGGUCAAUCACGUGCUCAUCUUCGAACUCGAUCCCAGGAAUCAUCUCAGCUAUCAUCAAUUAUUAGAGGUUUCGGGAUUAUUGGCUAUUUUAUGGGCUAUUUCUCUGAACGCCUUUUUGCUCAGUCAUUUUAUAGGAAUUGGUCAUUAUCUGCCUAACCUUGUACUCGUGUGUUUUAUCUUCUUAUUCACAUUCAAUCCUUUUAAAAUUUGUUAUUACAAAGCAAGAAUAUGGCUUCUUAGAAUAUUGUUUCGUAUCAUUACCGCACCAUUCCAUCAUGUAGGAUUCGCUGAUUUCUGGAUGGCCGAUCAAAUGAAUAGCUUGGUUGUUGCGUUAUUAGAUUUUCAGUACAUUGUAUGUUUUUAUGCCUGGGACUGGCACUUAUCGACCAAUAAGGAUCAUAUAUGUGCGAGCACUUUGUAUGGUCUUCGUCCGUUUGUGGCCUGUUUACCGGCAUGGUUUCGCUUUGCACAAUGUAUACGUCGUUACGUCGAUACGCGGGAAAAGUUUCCUCAUUUAGUUAACGCUGGCAAAUACUCAACGUCAUUCUUUGUAGUGGCUUUUUCUACUCUUGCUAAGUCUGACUCGCCUCAAAGUGACAAUUUCUUCAUGCUGUGGAUCUGGGCCGCUGCUAUAAGUACGUGCUACACGCUUACGUGGGAUAUCAAGAUGGACUGGGGACUACUCGACAAAUCAGCMACAAAGGAAAACCGGUUUCUUAGAGAAGAGACUGUUUAUAGAUAUAAGGUUUGUUAUUAUUUAGCUAUGCUGGAAGAUUUAAUAUUUCGAUUUUUAUGGACGCUGACUGURUCAGUCGGAGAUCUUGAGCUUUUUCACUCUGAGAUACUUAAACUUGCWCUGGCUCUGUGYGAGGUGUUCAGACGUUUCGUAUGGAACUUYUUCCGUCUCGAGAAUGAACAUUUAAAUAACUGCGGUAAAUUYCGUGCUGUUCGAGACAUCUCAUUCAUGCCCAAAGACACUCAUCACCAGGUCGAUAUUGAAGCCAUCAUGGACGAUAUCGAAGGACUUGGACCAGACUCAAGCAGAAGACGGAAAGCAUCCUCGUGUAUUACGAAAUCUGUAAAACCGAGAAAAACCGACGUUGUCACUGAAAUAGUGAUUGAAAACCACGAAAUUGUAGGUCUCGAUACGCGGGUUUAGUGAGAAAAUGUGGAAUCCCGUGACUGCGGUCAACAACGGUAUAAAGUCAGCGGCAUUACUUUUUCAAAAGACUUGCGCCAGGAUUAGUACCUUGGUGGAAAUGAUCUUUAGAGUGAUCACCCCCUAAAAUCAUGAUCCAGACCGAAGUGAUCGUUCCCUAAAUAGAUUGCCGUUAUCAGGAAGCAUUAUUUUCUAUGCGCAAAUUGAUUGCCUAAGAAUGUCAGUCAAAGCUACAAUCUUUUGCAAAAUUGKGUGAAACACUGUCUGUGAUCGAUUCUAGUACCAACCUUCCCUCCCCUUACAAUGCUGAACGUGUGUGAAACCUUGCAAUUGGGAAAGGGGUAGGGUGUUCCGUUUAUUUUGCGUAAGAUUGUAGCUAGCCGUUGGUUUUUUUACGCAACCUUAAUAAAGCCUUUAGUCAGCAGUAAACUCAUUUGCAUCAAACAGUCAUUAAUUUCAGCUUAAAAACUCGGAUUAAGUUACAAACCACAUGUUUACGUUAGURAUUGGAGUUUUGUAACUGUUGUGAAACUUUUUGUCAUAAAAUGAAAAUUGCUUGUAUUGUUGACUAUACCAUUUUCAACUGAACAACUUUUUCAAGAUUUUGCGUGAGAUAUCAUUCUCUUUAUGAUUCAGAUUCGGCAGCAAAAUGACAAUGUCAACACUUUCACGAUCAUACAUCUCAGUCCGACUGAGAUGACUUUUAAGGUUUUAUGCUAAUAACUUUAAUUUGUAAUUGGUAAUUUCUCUUGUGGACAGCAGCCAUCUUUGAAAUCCUGAAAAUAUCCCAUCAUGAGAUUUGUUAACAGUAUUGCUAUAAUUAUAAAUUUAAUCUAAUAUAUGCAUGUAAAGUAGGACUUUUAUAAAUCAAUUAAAUAAAGAUUAUUUUUAUUGUAA